AAGGAAGAAAAAAAAAAGGAGGCAGGAACAGACAGUGGAGUUAGACAGGCUGUUACUCUACAGCUGUACAGUGCAGCAGAUCAGCUGUGGAAGAAAGUACAGCAAACAGUGAACAGCCGGACCGCAUUCAUCCAUCUGCUGGAGGCUGGAGAAGGCUGUCUGCGAGGACUGCAGCAGACUGCCUGGGAAACAUCUCUGCAGGAUCAACCAGAAGAAGACCGUUUCUGCUGUUUAUCAGGAAAACCCGCUGGAGGCUCUCCUGAUGAUUGCUCAACCUAAUAAUAAAGAGGUGUUGCCCUGAUUGCUGUUGGCCCAGCACAGCUUAUCUCUAAGCAAGAUGUCAACCGCAUCUGAAAGUAGGACGGAAGGGCCUCGCAGUAUGAGCCAAGAGAAAACAUACAAAAAGACCACGUCAUCGGCCUUGAAAGGAGCCAUUCAGCUGGGCAUCGGCUACACAGUGGGAAACCUCACCUCAAAGCCGGACAGAGACGUUCUUAUGCAGGACUUCUAUGUGGUGGAGAGCGUCUUCCUCCCUAGCGAGGGAAGCAACUUGACUCCUGCUCAUCACUAUCCAGACUUCCGCUUUAAGACAUAUGCCCCCCUGGCCUUCCGCUACUUCAGAGAUCUGUUUGGCAUCAAACCGGAUGAUUAUCUGUACUCACUCGUAAAUGAGCCUUUGAUUGAGCUGGCCAACCCGGGCGCUAGCGGCUCGCUCUUCUACCUAACCAGCGAUGACGAGUUCAUCAUUAAAACAGUGCAGCACAAAGAGGCCAAGUUUCUGCAGAGGCUGCUACCUGGAUACUACAUGAACCUGAACCAGAAUCCCCGCACGUUGCUCCCCAAGUUUUACGGCUUGUACUGCAUUCAGACGGGGGGUUUCAAUAUUCGACUGGUGGUGAUGAACAACGUGCUUCCUCGCUCUGUCAAGAUGCACUACAAAUACGACCUAAAGGGAUCAACCUACAAGAGGCGAGCGUCCAGGAAAGAGAGAGAAAAAGCCCGUCCCACCUACAAGGAUCUGGACUUCCAGGACAUGCACGAGGAGGGCCUCUACUUUGACACAGAGACAUACAACAACCUGAUGAAGACCCUGCAGAGAGACUGUCGGGUUCUGGAAAGUUUUAAAAUCAUGGACUACAGUCUGCUGCUUGGUAUCCACGUCCUGGACCACCGGGAGGGGGGGGAGUCGGCCCAGACUGGGGGAGACGGCAGGAGAAACGUAGGUCAGAGGGCACUUUACUCCACGGCCAUGGAGUCCAUCCAAGGAGACGGCAAAGCUGCGGAAGCCAUCCCCACGGAUAACACGAUGGGUGGCAUCCCAGCUAAAACACACAAAGACGAUAAGCUGCUCAUCUUCCUGGGUAUUAUAGAUAUUCUACAGUCAUACAGGUUCAUUAAAAAGUUGGAACAUUCCUGGAAAGCCCUGGUGUACGAUGGUGAUUCUGUUUCUGUCCACCGGCCCGGGUUUUACGCCAGCCGCUUCCUCAAGUUCAUGAGCACGCGGGUCUUCAGGAAAAAUCAUCCAAUUCGAUUCUCUCCCUCAAAGAGGACCCGAACCUCCAUCCCUGCUCUGAAGUCGUCCUCACAGGAGAUCCUUUCAUCGCAGGCGGAUGAGAGGCGUGAGGAGGAAAGGAGGGACAGGCUGGGAGGGGCCCGGAGCCUGGCCAGUCUGGACGGACAAGCUGUGUUUGGUUCAUUUCUGCGUCCUGAUCUGGUUCCUGCCAACCCGUCCUUCUACGAGGCCUCCUCCACGGGGACCAUCUCCAACGCUUCCAUCUAUGUAAAUGUGGAUAACCAAACAGAAGAGAGGUAUGAUAUUGCAUCCAGCUCUACAUUCACGCUGGAGGACAGCGCCAUCUGCCUCACUUCAGAGCAAAGCACCGUAGAUGUAGACAUAGAUCGGGACGAUGGAUCGGUUCUUGACGUGUACUUGUAAAGUUGUUUUUAAAUUCUUCAUUGCCUCCUGCUACGCAUAAGACAAUCUCCACACUCCAUUGGAUGCACCGGACUGGAAGUCGGUCUCCGCUAGCUCCGCUACAUCCACGAUGCCAUUUGUUGUUGCCAAUUCAAAAAGACAACCUCCGAACGCCUGUUUGGUUGACGGACGUCUUCGCCGUUAGAGCAGUACCAACGUGAGCCUUUCUACAGCACGUUUCAAAGCAGCCCUAUUAAGUUUUAUAUGUCUGUUGUUUUUUCAUCGAUUCGCAGCAUACAUUUCUUUUUCUGGUUACCAGAAAGACUUAAAUGUUUGCAGCAGGGAGGGCUGCUGCUAAGAAAUGUUUACAGUGAAUUUAUGGCAGCAUCUAAGGACUGCUCUAUGAAGGAUCAACUCACUUGAACAGACUUGAUUAUAAAAGCUCCUGAGGCCAAACACAGACUGUAACGUGGCCAAAUGUUCCUAACAAAACAGCUAUUUGUGCUGCAAAAGGAGAACACGAUGCUGAGAGUGAGACGAGACGGUUAGCUGAUCCUGGACGAUGCACUUGCUGCUGGCACUUUUGACAUUGGUCCCAAUUACUGUAAGAAACAUGUUCUUUUCUCUAAAGACAUUUCUUAGGUGGGUGGUCCACGAGACAAUAAGCACAGAGUCGGAUGUGUGAAAAUGCACUUUUUUUAUUUCUUCCUUCCUCUACAAAUGCACACCUGUUUUAUCGUUGAUACGACACGUAGAGGCACAGAAAGGAGCACUGCACAUCAUGUUUGAUGUGGAACUGCCAGCUUUGAGGUUGGCCUCAUGAUUGGGAUGCUUCUGCUCAGGACUCUCUGAAAUGGAACAAGUACAUUAUGAGACAUGAAUCCUACACAUGCAGCUCUCUGAUACCUCAUCAUGGCCAACUAUAAACGUUCAACUCCACAAUCAAGUCU